GCCUUAUUUGCAAAGCAAUACAAGCUGGAGUUAUGUUCUCUUCCAUCUCGCGUAAAAUGAAGAAUGACAGAGCUUCAUGAAGCUGUAGCUUCAGAGAAUUUUGACUUGGUGGAUAAAAUCCUAAAGAAGGGGCUGUGUGAUCCAAAUAGCAGAGAUAUGGAUUGGAGCAAUAGGACACCCCUCCACUGGGCUGCAGCAAAAGGACAUUCAAAGAUCAUAAAACUGCUUGUGGGACAUGGUGCUCGCCUAUGCUUGAGAACUGAAGCAGGAUGGACCCCAGUUCAUUUUGCUGCUGAGUCAGGAAGGCUAGGAGCAUUACGAACACUCCACACUUUGCAUGCUCCCAUGGAUGCUGCUGAUCUCUAUGGGGACACACCAAAGAGGAUUGCAGAGAUCUAUGGACACAAAGACUGUGUCAGAUUUUUGGAAGUAGCUGAACAGCAGUACAGGGAAUAUUGCCAGAUAGCAAAAUUAAAAGGAGAUUCGCUAGAGGAGGAAGAUGAAGACUGGGAACUUAAGAAGGAAGAAGAUUUGAAAAAGAAACCUUAUUCUCGAAAGAAACAUCCAAAAAAUCUUGGGAGAAAAGAUGGCAUUCAAACAAGCAAUUAAUGGAAUUGCAAUAGAAUAUCUACUGUGAGUUGGAAUUUAACUUCCUUGUUUUACUGGACUACACAAACUAAUACACAAAAAGGACCAACCAACCAAGCAAAAUAAGAAGCAUAGCAGAAAGUACUAAAACAUAUCAUGGCAGGAGGGUCAUAUCAGCAAUUUUCAAAGAGGUACUGGAAUAAUUACAUUUCAGAGGAGCGGAGUUGCUUUGUCAUCCUGAAUUUGAAUCUGCAUUGCUUAUUUCCAGAUAAAGCAGGUGACACAGAUAGCAACCCUUCUGACUGAUUGAAAAAGAGAUAGCCUCAGUUUUUUUUUCAAUGACUGAGGGAUUAUAAAUAUAAGACAAAUUCAGUUGAGAUUCAGAAAUAGGAAAUAAAAAAGCAAUUUUGGUUAUGCACAAGUUUUUUUCAAUUAACAAACAUUCCAAUAAAUAUUCAAUAAAUACUGUACUCCUGGCCACCCAGAACCCCAUGAGUUCAACACUGAAGGUGUCAAAGUGGUCUACAUACCCCAAAAUAUUUCUAAUUCAGCUUCUAGAUAAGGUGGUCAUAAGGACCUUUAAGGCUUAUUACAUAUAGUACUGUAUGGAAAAUUUUCAACACUAUGGAAGAGAACCCCGUUAGAGAGAACUGGUUUGUUUGUGUGUGUCAAUCAACUGUUUAUGCUUUUUAGUUAUGUUUGUGGGGGCAUAAGAGUUAUACAUGAAUUUUGAAUUAAACGGUGGUCCAGCACUCCUAACCCUAACAUUUUUGAAGGGAGAAGUAUAUACAGAAAGAAGAUAAACAGAGAUCACAAUCUCUUGUUUCAGAGGAAUGGGCUGAAUGGUGCGUUCAGAAUGUCCA